AUGGAGCCUCCCAGCCAUCCAGCUGGAGCAAGCGCCCCUGAACAGGGAGGGGACGCAGGAGGGGAAUGGACCCGUGGCAGCCCGGUGGUGGCACAGCCGGAGGCUCCGGUGCAGGGCAGCUUGCCGGUGCUGGCUACCUCCCCAGAGGGUUCGGCGAGGAAAAGUCCUAGCGGCGCUUCCCGCUCGGAGCUCGGGCUAUGGGGACCCUCGCAUGACCACCCCCCAAGCCCAGCCCUGGAGACUGCACCCAGAGCUCCUGGCUGCCCGGUGCGGGAGGAGGUGAGUGGGGAGAGAGCGGGCGCCAAGCCGAGCUCCCCGGCUGGCUCCCCAGAAGUUGUGAGGCCCAAGGUGCCAGGACAGCUGAGAAAGAGCCGCAAGCAACGUGGAGCCGGUGCUGCUGAGGCAGCCCAAGGGGACAGGGAGCCUGCGGGGGCUGCAGUGCAGGGGACUGGCGUACCCACAAAGGCAUCUUUAAGCUCGCCGCUGUCCUCACGGAAGAGCAAAGGGAAGGAGAAGGCAGCCAAGCCAGCUCCUGUGAAGCCGGGGAGCGAGGAGGCAGGGGAAAGCAAACGGCCGAUGCCCGGCCCUGGCACAGACGAGGGCGAUCCAGCCGUGAGCGCUCCGCCAAAGCAGAAGGUGAAGGAGCCGGGGGCACAGCCCCUGGGGAAGGCGAAGGGCACCAAGCCUUCAAAGCCAGGGCCGGCUGGUGGCUUGGGCGUACGUGACAAUGUGCUGCUGAUUCCUGCCAGCGGAGCCGCGGCUCCUGCAGGAGAGGCAUGCCAGGAGGUGCUGGGGAAGCCUCUCCUCCAGCCGUGA